AUGGAGUGUGUUGAAGGCUGUUUUCUGCAGUUUGUGCAGUAGGACUCCCCAGAGGCCUAGUGAAGGCACCUGUCACACAAGCAGCUCUCUAUUCUCUCUUGUGUCCUUCACAGUACCAGCUCCCUGACUCUUCAACAACAACCAGGGCAUGGAUAUUACUGGUAUACAUUCUAAAAGUCCGUUGUUUUUCGGAGUAUGCGCCUUUCUUCACUUUUACGCGUCUGUCUCGGCGGAAUCUAGCUGCAAACUGAAGGCCAAAUUCAACCUUCACGGUUACACAAAUGUAGUGAAGAAAAAGGUGGUUGUUGGGGGAAUGUUUGCCGUUCACCAGACUGUCGCCUCAACCCCGACAAACACCUCGUCCGUACCCCUUUCCCUGGGAUGCGAGGGUUUCAACUUCAGGACGUUCCGCUGGACUCAAACGAUGCUCUUCGCCAUCGAUGAAAUAAACAAGCGGAAAGACCUCCUUCCUAACACAGACUUGGGAUACGUUAUCUACGACUCGUGCUUCACCAUUUCCAAGGCAGUCGAGGGCACGCUCACCUACCUAACGGGGCAGGAAGAGGCCGUGCCCAACUACCGCUGUGGCUCUGGGCCGCCGCUGGCAGCACUGGUGGGGGCGGGGGGGUCCGAUCUGUCCAUCGCCACCGCCAGGAUACUGGGGCUCUACCACUUCCCUCAGGUGAGUUACUGCUCUUCGUGCUCAGCCCUGGAGAGUAAGUUCCAGUUCCCCACCUUCCUGAGGACCAUCCCCAACGACGUCCACCAAUCGGAGGCCAUGGCUCGCCUGGUGCUGCACUUCGGGUGGACCUGGGUGGGCACCAUCGCCGCGGACGACGACUACGGCAAGUACGGCAUCAAGGCCUUCAAGGAGCAGGUGGAGGAGGCGGGGGUUUGCAUCUCCUUCUCUGAGACUCUGCCCAAGGUGAGCUCUCCUGAGGACAUCAGACGUAUCGUGGACACGGUGGUGGAGUCCACCGCCAAGAUCAUCGUGGUGUUCUCGUCGGACGUGGACCUGAGUCCCCUGGUGCAGGAGCUGCUGCGGCACAACGUCACCAACCGCACCUGGGUCGCCAGCGAGGCCUGGGUCACCUCCGCUCUCAUCAACCAGCCCGGGGUCAGCUCUGUGCUGGGCGGCACCCUGGGGUUCGGGCUGCGGCGUGCUGAGAUCCCCGGCCUCCAGCGCUACCUCCUGGACCUGGACCCCUACGACCACUCCCUCUCAGAAGAGUUCUGGCAGAAGGUGUUCAACUGCACGCUAGACUAUGGGCUGGCUAUGAAGAAGGCCAAGGAGCUGGCCAGGGCGGCGGGGGCUAACGGGACCCUGUACAGGAGUGUGAGGGGGCUGCCUGAAGGGCUGUGCACUGGCAAGGAGACUCUGGAACGCCUCAAUAACACUUACACCGAUGUGUCCCAGCUACGCAUCACAUACAGUGUGUAUAAGGCGGUGUACGCCGUGGCCCAAGCCCUGCACAACCUGGAGUACUGUGAGCCGGGCAAGGGGCCCUUCACCAAUAACAGCUGCGCUGACAUCAGCAACUUUGAACCCUGGCAGCUGAUGUACUAUCUAAAGAACGUGAACGUCACUAUCCCUCACACUGGAGAGACCAUAGUCUUUAACAACGGUGAUGUGGACGGCUAUUACGACAUCCUCAACUGGCAGAUCGACGGUGACGGAGAGAUCUCCUACGUGUCCAUUGGUCAGUACAACGGCACGGCGCCCCCAGAGGCUCGGAUGACCAUCAACAACGACUCCAUCGUCUGGAGCAACGAAAGGCUGGAGCCUCCGCGCUCCCUGUGCAGUGAGAGCUGCCAGCCAGGCACCAGGAAGGGCAUCCGGCAGGGGGAGCCGGUCUGCUGCUUCGACUGCCUCCCCUGUGCUGACGGAGAGAUCAGCAACUCCACCGAUGCCAGGGAGUGCAUCCAGUGUACUGAGGAUUACUGGUCCAACCAGGCCCGGGACUCCUGCGUGCCCAAGACCAUCGAGUUCCUGGAUUUCAGUGAGCCUCUCGGAAUCACCCUCAUAGCCAUCUCUGCCUUUGGAGCGCUGGUCACUAUUGCUGUCGCCGUGGUGUUCCUGGUCCACCUGGGCACCCCUCUGGUGAAGGCCAACGAUGCCCUGCUCAGCUUCUCUCUGCUCCUCUCCCUGAUGGUCACCUUCCUGUGCUCCAUUGUGUUCCUGGGGGAGCCCCAGCACUGGAGCUGCAUGACCAGCCAGGUGGCUCUGGCCCUGGGCUUCGCUCUCUGCCUCUCCUCCAUCAUGGGUAAGUCGGUGGUGUUGAUGCUGAGGGCCAGAGCCCUGAAGGCAGCCAGGGCCAAGGCCAAGGCCGCCUCUAAAGCUGCCGCAGAGGCUGCUGCAGCCAACACAGGCCCCGACGUCAUCGUCACCAACAGCAACAACAGCAACAGCAACAACAACGACAGUGCACCCAACGGCAACCUUUACGUCGACCCGAUCGGUCCUGCCCACCAGAGGGCGAUGUGUGUCGUGGCAACGCUUAUACAAGCGGCAGCGUGCACGGUGUGGCUCAUCAUCCUCCCGCCGCACCCGGUGAAGAACACCGCGGCACAGAACGUCAAGAUCAUCCUGGAGUGUGACGAAGGCUCCAUCGUGUUCAUCUGCUGCAUCUUUGCCUACGACAUCCUUCUGGCCCUGAUUGCCUUUGUCUUCGCCUUCGUGGCGCGGAAACUGGAGGACCACUUCAGUGAGGCCAAGUGCAUGACGUUCGGGAUGCUGGUUUUCUUCAUCGUGUGGAUCUCCUUCGUGCCUGCCUACCUCAGCACACGAGGCAAGUUCAUGGUGGCCGUCCAGAUCUUCGCCAUCCUGGCCUCCAGCUUCGGCCUGCUAGCUUGCAUCUUCCUGCCCAAGGUCUACGUCCUGCUGGUGAAGCCCGAGCGCAACACGGAGGAGAUGAUUCGUCCUCGCGUCAAGAUACGGGACGGCUCCUCCACUGGUACCUCCGCGUCACUGACGACCACCGCUACGGAGAUGAACGCCACCACCAUGUCUACAGUGGCCCUGGAUGACUAGGGUUAGGAUAUCGACACACGUUCAUAUAUAUAUAUAUAUAUAUAUAUUUAUAUACAUAUACCCAUAUACAUAUCAAUGUCUCGCACAUCAUUGUAUUUUGUU